CACCCAACAAGGUGACCUCAGAGGCGGGCGAUCGUCUCCAAGGCCCCGCCCCCUGCGCGCAUUGGAAAUUUCCAGCCGCGGCGCGCGGCCUGGCUGUGUACGUCGAUCGCAUGGCUGCCUCGGGGAAGCUCGGCACUUUCCGCCUUCCCCCGCUGCCCACCAUUCGGGAGAUCAUUAAGUUGUUCGGACUGCGAGCGGCGAAGCAGCUUUCCCAGAAUUUCCUCCUGGACUUGAGGCUGACAGACAAAAUUGUAAGGAAAGCUGGCAGCCUAACAGAUGUUUAUGUUUACGAAGUGGGUCCCGGGCCCGGGGGAAUCACAAGAUCUAUCCUCAAUGCCAACAUUGCUGAGCUUCUGGUGGUUGAAAAGGACACUCGGUUUAUCCCAGGGUUACAGAUGCUCUCUGAUGCAGCACCUGGGAAACUCCGAAUUGUUCAUGGAGAUGUGCUGACGUAUAAGAUAGAAAAGGCUUUUCCAGACAACAUUAGAAGACAGUGGGAAGAUGAUCCUCCAAAUGUACAUAUUAUUGGAAAUCUGCCUUUUAGUGUUUCAACUCCACUGAUUGUCAAGUGGCUUGAAAAUAUUUCUCUUAAAGAUGGCCCUUUCAUUUAUGGCAGAACUAAGAUGACGUUAACGUUUCAAAAGGAAGUGGCUGAGAGACUGGUAGCCACUACAGGGAGCAAGCAGCGCAGCCGUCUUUCUAUUAUGGCCCAGUACCUCUGCAAUGUUGAACACCUCUUUACAAUUCCAGGAAAAGCUUUCGUUCCCAAACCAGAGGUUGAUGUAGGAGUGGUGCACCUUACGCCCUUGAUACAGCCCAAGAUCAAGCAGCCAUUCAAGCUGGUAGAAAAAGUUGUCCAGAAUGUGUUUCAGUUUCGAAGGAAAUAUUGCCACCGAGGGCUUGGGAUGUUAUUCCCUGAAGCGCAACGCCUAGAAAGCACUGGAAGGCUGUUACAGUUGGCAGACAUUGAUCCAACUCUCCGGCCCACCCACCUCUCGCUCAUGCAUUUUAAGAGUUUGUGUGAUGUAUACAGAAAAAUGUGUGAUGAAGACCCACAACUCUUUGCUUAUAACUUCAGAGAGGAGCUCAAGCAAAAGAAAAGGAAAGGCAAAGAAAAAGACGGUGACUCAGAAAGCUGCAAGUUGUAAUUGCUGUCUUCGGGGUCCCGCCUGACAGUUCUAUCCACAGUGUGGAUCUCCACAUAUGUAUGUACUCCCUACCACUCUGUAAAGACAAAUACCAAUGCCCUCGUGCCAUUGACCAUUGAGCUUGGUAAGAAAAUAAAUACCAAGUAGAUACAGUGCAAGCUUUCCUUUAAUUUAUAUAUGCUACAUAGAUUUGACAUGUUUAGUAAAAACAGCAUUUAUUACAACCUUCUAAAAUGAAAUAUCUGUACAUUGUCCCCCUAAACCAUGUAAAAAUAACUUAAAAGUGCUUUAAAUAAA